UUAACUCUAGCACUUUUUUUGCAGCCAAAACAGAUCCACGAAAUCAAAGAUUUUCUCCUAACCGCCAGACGGAAGGAUGCCAAAUGUAAGUAACUUGUUUUCUUUCAGAUUGCACUCCUGCAAUUGAUGUCAGAAUUUUAAGUUAAAUAGAUAAUUAACGAUUAUUCAUCGAGCUUGAUUGGACUCUGAGUCAAUAGCCCAUAAGGUCGAAGGCCGAAUGGGCUAUUGACUCAGAGGCCAUGAGGGCGAGAGGAAUAAUUGUUUCAGUAAAAUCCUACUAGUUGGUCAAAAAUAUCGAGGCAAAACAACUUAAGCUAGUUAAAGUUAGACUUUAAUCCUUUUUUGCCGCCAAAAAGCUGGCGCUUCUCACUACUAGUGGACUAUAACAUCUAGCCUCGUAGUAGCUCAACCAAUCAGAAUGCAACAUUGAUAAUAGACCACUAGUUGGAUUUUACUAAUAUUUAGUGGCUCGGGUAUUCUGCAAUGUAGCUUUGACCUCUGAAUAGUGGUAAACAGCGAGGUUUGUCAUAUUUGACUUUUUGUGAAGAACUUGCAAAGACUUGCAAAGUAUAUUACCACUUCAAAUCUGCAUUUCUGAAAGAGAUUUAUACGUGACUUGAUGGUCCUGUGUUUCCUUUGUCUUUGUUAUGUUGUAAAAAUGACAAAUUGAAUUCUGCCAUAAUGUUUAAAGUGCUUAAAGUCAAACCUUCCGCAAGCAUCUUGAAAUGCAAAGAUUUUAUGGUUGCUUACAGGAGGUACAGUACCGCUCAAAGUAAAUUGACAGUCUUGACUCAAUCCUCGAGACUUGAUCCUUGCGUCUUGAAGCUUGAACGCUUCGAGUUUUGUGAUGCAAGGAUCGAGUCUCAAGUUUCAGGCUUUGAGUUUUGAGAAGCAACAUUUCUACUUGGAAUUAAUUUUGCUUUCUUGUUGCACAUUCACACAGCCAUUCAGAAAUUUGCACAGAUGAUCAGUGAUUGCAGUGUGGUGUUCUUUAAUUGUUUGAAUUGCCUGUUUCCGCAAGCCUUUAAUAAGCGUAAAUCAAUAUUUUUGGUUUCGAAGAUUUAUCCUGCAUAUACAGUGUAUUUUUCUUGAGUCUCGAGGAUCGAGACGCGAGUGACUGUCAACUUACUUUUGAGCAGUACUGUAUUUACAUAUGAGAAUCAAACCACAGGAGUCCUCUCCAUGUAGGUGUCCCAACACAUCUGCUUUUUGGAAGAGAAUUUAUUGUAUGCAGUUUCUGAGUUAUAAUAUUUUGUAUAUACUUGAAUAAGUGCUGCCCUCUAAUAAAGGUUGCAUUUGAGGCGUGAAAAAUUUAAUAAGUGCCACAGCGCUUAUUUGAGGAAACAGGGUAUGUAGAUGUUGCAAUUAAAAGUCCUUUGUAUGAUCUGAGUAAUGUUACUAGCAGAUACAGCAGUUUAGAGAUCUUCCGUUCGUCAAGUCAAGUCCCUACAAGUGGUUAGAAAAAAAUUUGAAAAUAUUUUUACAAAACUGUCAUUCCCAAAAAUGUUUUUGGUCGCUUAGAAGAGGUUCCAGCUAUAAGGCUGUGGGAAAAUUUUGGCGUUUUGCAAAGGUGGUUGCUUAUCAUUGGAAGUGGGUAGCCCACCUCAGGUGGUUACAUAUGGUGUUUAGUUUUUGGUGAAUGUGUGAUUAUUAUGUGACUUGGUGCAAGGCCUGAAUUGUUUUCCAUUGUGUUUUGGCCCUAGAAUUUUAUGUUUCAUGCACUCCUUAUUAAACCCACUUUUAAGAGAGCUUUUUUUUGUACAUAGCUGUGAAAAUAAAGAAGAUAAAAGAUACUGUUAAGUUCAAGGUGCGAUGCAGUCGUUAUCUUUACACUCUGGUCAUUCAAGACAAAGAGAAAGCUGACAAACUCAAGCAGUCUCUGCCUCCAGGUUUGUUUGAAUCUUCUUCAUUUUUCUUCAGUUAUCAAAAGCAGCACACGAGAGCUUGA